AUGCCACGAGCUAUCAGAGGUGUCCUCGUGGAAUGCGAUCCAUCUAUCAAAUCCAUCGUCGUCAAAAUAGAUGCCGAUUCAUCGCAUGCGUAUAUUGUCGAGGAUUUAGAUGAUGAAACUCUAGUCAUCAAAGAGAAUAUGUUGGGGAUGUUGAAGGCGCGUUUAGAAGAUGCGCUUAAGGAGACGCAGGUUUUGGAUGAUUCGGGCUCUGAGUAG